AUUAAAUUUUCAUACGGGCAUUUUUUUCUUUGUUUUCUUCAUUGAUUGAGGAGCCUCUCUGCUAAGAGAAUUUAUGUCAUUCACACACUUUUUUCUCUAAUUCCAAUCCAAAAUCCCUAUAAAACCUGCCUCAAUUUUUCUCAAAUUGUUUCACAUGGGUGCCUUUAAUAGCAAGAAAAAAAGCAAGCCUUGUCGAGAGAGGAGAAAUGUGAAGAUUUUGACAGAUAAAAUGAGGCUCCUCCAAGAGGAUAUCAAGGAAAUGGUGCAUGAAAGAGCAAAAGAGGCUAAAGGGUAUGAAAAACAAGUGAUGGUUUUUGCAUGUAAAGAGGUGGAGUGGAAGAAAGAGAGGAAAAAGCUGAAGGAUGAAGUGAAGAAGCUGAAGAAAUUAGUGGAAGAGAAAGAAGAGAAGAUAAGAGGAAUGGAAAAUUAUGCAGCGGCGGUUGAGAAAUGUGACAAAGGAUGGCCGUUACUGGGGACAAGUUUCCUGUUGGAGCAAAUGAAGGAGGAGAGAGCAAGGAGAGAUGAGGCUGUGGAGAAGUGGAAGCAACUCUAUCAUGCCAUCAGGACUGAGCUUGAUGAUCUCAUUCAGAGGACUCAUGGAGACGCACUGUAUUGGAAAGCAGAUGAAGAGGAGAUGAUAGAAGAGCUAAAGAAGGAAGUGAAGAGCAAGGAAGAAACAAUAGAAGCUUUGAAAACUCGAGUAGCAUCAAUGGAGAGGGAAGGAUAUGAAAGGGAAAGGGAGAUGGAUAUUCUUAAGCAAAGCUUGAGAAUUUUGGGCGUUAAGAAUAAGGCAACUUUUACUUCUAAUACUAAAAGUAUUACUCUGCCUCAGUAUUUGUGAAAUUACCCUAAAAGGCUUAAACAAUUUCAGAAGUAUUUUCAUUUUAAUGUUUUGUGUAUAUAAAUAAAUUUUAGUUGUAAUUUGUGAUGGGUAAUUUUAAUGGGAAUGCAAAUACUGAAGCCCAUGGACUCCAAUUUUUGUUGAAAAUUUGUGUGUCAGUCUAUGGAUAAAAAUUAAGCUCAAAUUUUCGUGUUCAAUUGAAAGCGUAAGACCCAUACCAAAUCAUGUUGAUUAUGGGCCUUAAAAUUUUUAGUUCAGCUCCGGUCUGGUGAAAAUUUGUUUUCCUCAUUGUUGUU